CUUCCAUCCUCUCUCAUCUCCUCCUCAUCGUGCCCGCAUCCACGACACCUCACGCCCUCAGGCAGGCCUGUCUUUACUCACUCUGUCAUCUGUCCAAUACUUCUCUGUGUCUACUUGUCUCUUCUGAGUUUAGAACAGCAAGAUGCGCUUGACCUUCAUCGCCGGCGUUGUCCUCGUCUCGGUCGGACUAGUGCCGCUUAUGACCACGACUCGUGCUGCCGAUAUCAGUGCCUUCCAAAGCUCUCUGGAAAGACGCUACACGACCCCUCACUCUCUCGGCAACAGCUACCAGUUCGACCCUAGGGAUGGAUGGGAAUCUGUCAACAUUACGAAUCUGCAAUACAAGUACUCUCCAUCCCAGAUCGACGAUAACGAGGAGGAACUGGACGGACCUGUAGUACCGCAUGCUCACCAGCGGCGGUCGAGCAAGAAGACCUCGAAGAAGACCGCGAAGAAGACCACGAAGAAGACUACGAAGCAGACGGGCACCAAGAAUGCCUCGAAGGCCGCAAAGACCACUUCGGCUUCCAAGGGCGUCAGCGGCCUGGUUGGGUCUGUCAAGUCUAUCGUCGACACCAUGAAAGCUGUUGGAGACCCAGAGCCUGUCACGAUCACCUGGUACACUGGCCAUGAUCUGGAAAACCCGAGCUGUUGGUCGAACCCUACCUGGGCACCUACGGUAUAUUAUGAGUCUUGUAUCACUUGCGUUUCUUGCAAACAUCCGUGUUUACAGGAUAGCUCCAUGGCUUGUGCGAUCACACUGGAGGGCUGGGAAGGUCGCCCUCAGUGCUUCAAAUUCCUUGAACUCUGUCAAACAAACCAGAAAUGUGUCUUCGUGCGCGUAGUCGACACCUGUGCAGGCUGCGCCCCUGGUUCGAAGCACGUCGAUCUCACCAAGGCUGCCUUCUCCUCUCUUGCGGACCUCACCGAAGGGACCCUCACCGUACAGAUGCGUCCCGCGACUGAUCCACUCGAAGGCUGGCUUGAACAACUCUGGGGGCCGAAGAACUGAGAAAUGACCACCGAAACCAGAAUCAGCGAAGAACGAAGACAUUCACGGACUAAGCUUGCGCUGGCACGCACAAGUCACUACGAACACAUC